CAAUGAGUGGCGUGGGGUGGGUUUGCAAGACUUGCCGGGAUUUUGAUGGCAAGUUGACCAGCCCUGGAAGUUAAGAGGAGGAAAGCCUUUUGUGAGGUGUAAUCAGAUCUCCCAUCUUCCUACAUCAUCAUGUCGUCUGAGAACACCUUGGAUGAUGAGGAAACCUUCAAGAUCUUGAUCGCUACAGAUGUUCACCUCGGUUACCUUGAGAAGGAUGCUAUCCGUGGCAAUGAUUCUUAUAACACACUGAAAGAGAUCCUGAAUUGUGCCAAGACAAAUAAGGUAGAUUUCAUCCUGCUGGGUGGCGAUUUGUUCCAUGACAACAAGCCGUCGCGCCGAUGCCUCCACAACUGUAUCACCAUGCUAAGACAAUACUGCAUGGGAGACUCUCCUAUACACUUUAACAUUCUCAGUGAUCAGACUGUCAACUUCAACACGACCCAGUUCCCCUGGGUUAACUAUCAGGAUGAAAACUUGAACAUCUCUAUUCCUGUAUUCAGCAUUCACGGUAACCAUGAUGACCCAACAGGGGCUGAAGGUUUGUGUGCAUUGGACCUGCUGGGUGCUUCUGGACUCAUCAAUCACUUUGGUCACUCCAACUCAGUGGAGAGGAUAGAAAUUAGUCCCAUCCUCAUGCAGAAAGGAAACACCAAGCUGGCCUUAUAUGGUCUUGGUUCGAUCCCAGAUGAGCGCUUGUACAGGAUGUUUGUCAACAAACAGGUAACUAUGCUUCGCCCCAAAGAAGACCCAGAUGAAUGGUUUAACCUCUUCGCCAUCCACCAGAACAGGAGUAAGCACGGACCCACAAACUACAUUCCCGAGCAGUUCCUGGAUGACUUUCUUGACUUGGUGGUGUGGGGUCACGAGCACGAGUGUUUGAUUACACCAACCAGAAAUGAACAGCAGCUCUUCUAUGUGACACAGCCUGGCAGCUCCGUUGCCACCUCCCUGUCCCCUGGAGAGGCCACCAAGAAACACAUAGGGCUAUUGAGGGUUAAAGGCCGUAAAAAGAUGAACCUGGAAAAGAUCCCUUUAAAGACGGUGCGUCAGUUCUUCAUCCAGGAUGUGGUGCUGGCAGACUACCAAGACCUCUUCACACCUGAUACACCCCAGGUCACAAAGAAGGUGGAGAACUUGUGCCAUGCAAAGGUCACAGAGAUGUUAGAAGAAGCUGAAAGAGAAAGACUUGGAUGUCCACUCACCCCGGAGAAGCCUCUUAUUCGCCUGAGGGUGGACUACAGUGGAGGCUUUGACACUUUCAACACUUCUCGCUUCAGUCAGAAGUUUGUGGAUCGCGUAGCCAACCCGAAAGACAUCAUUCACUUUCUCAGACGGCGUGAGCAAAAGGAGGACAUCAAAGACGAGAUCAAUGUUGACUACGGCAAACUGGUAAAAACCACAGCAGCUGAGGGGCUGAGAGUGGAGGACCUGGUUAAACAGUACUUUGAGGCAGCCGAACAGACAGUGCAGCUGUCCCUUCUAACCGAGCAGGGCAUGGGGAAGGCCAUUCAGGAGUUUGUAGACAAAGACGAGAAGGACGCCAUUGAGGAGCUGAUCACUUACCAGUUGGAGAAGACACAGCGCCACCUGCAGGCCCGAGGAGUAACCACAGAGCAGGAUAUAGACACGGAGAUCCGGCGAUUCAGAGACUCCAAAAAGAACACAACUGAGGAGGAGAAUGAAAUCAGAGAGGCUAUCAACAGAGCCAAAGCUCACCGUUUGGAACGUGGCGAAAAUCCUGGAGACAAGGACAUAUCUGAUGAUUUUGCUGAUGUUGCUAUGGACUCUGACGAAGGUUCAGUUGCGUUCCCUCCCCCCACGCGAGGCAGAGGGCGAGGAGGCAGGGCGCGGGGUGGCCGGGGAAGGGGGAGAGGUGCAACUGCCUCUGAACCAAAGCCAGCCGGUCGGGGCCGUUCCCAGAAAUCCUCAACAACCCAAAGCAGAAGCAUUAUGCAAGCGUUUCAAGCUACACCCCAGAGAUCAUCUCGGACUGGAUCCACCCCGUCUUACACAGCAGAUGAUAUAACCAUUGAUGACUCAGAUGAAGAUAUACCGGUAGUGAAAGCAACCCGUCCCCCUUCAAAACCUGCUCCGUCGUCAUCCUUCACUAAGUACAGCUCUCAGAGCCAGAGCCAAAGCCAGUCAUCAAGAGGAGUCGCAUUUGAUGACAGUGAUGAUGAUGAGGAUAACCCAUUCAAAGGCCCCAGCCGUAGUUCACGGAGAUAACCAUGAGUGCAUCUAUCAUGUAACACUUGUUAAUGUUGAUGUUCCCAAAAAAAAUCUAGCAAGUGACUUGCUGCUGUGUUUUUCUGAAGGACAAAGUGUUCAGUGUCAAAGUUCAUGUUUCAGUUUGCAAAGCACUGUCUUCCUAACAAUAGAUAAUUAAGUUGAUUAGCUACUGUUGCUUAGAAUGAACCUAUCCAAUCAGUCAGGUUUGGUGAAAGGGUUUGGCUAAAAGGCUGUAAGGGGAGCAAAGUGGAGGUGGCUUUCAGACAAGACUUUGCAACCUCAUUUGUUAGCCAGCACCUGAACUUACCAAUUGGUGGAGCGCAUCUGCUACUGUACAACAACACUGAUCCAUGUUGGGUUUUGUCAUUGGAAAUAAUAAAUGUUUUUUCAUAUAUAA